AUGGUGGGAAUAACUGAGGGAGGUACCCCUCCUCAAGCUCCCCAGAGCGACGACCAACACCCCAAGUCUCCGAGGGACAGCAAAGGAUGGGAUGGGAAGCUACGCGUUGAAAGGCGUCCGGUUAUGACAAAUCCAGAAGCUAUUUCCGACCCAGAGUAUUCUGACGAAGAGAACAUCCUACGGGGAGAGCAGAUCGGUCCUGAUGAGGAUCUCCUUCUAGACGAGCCAUCUGAUGUCGAGGAAAUCGAUUGCAUACAUUCACGAGUCGCCUCGGUCCCCUCUCUCAACCUCGAUAGAUUCACGAAGCUUGUUCGCCUUUGCCUGCGACAAAAUGCUAUCACGGAAAUCGAAGGGCUCUCAAGCCUUGCGGAAACUCUGAGGGACCUGGACUUUUAUGAUAAUUUAAUAUCACACAUCAAGGGCCUGGAAGACUUGACCAACCUCACCAGCUUGGACUUGAGCUUCAACAAGAUCAAGCAUAUCAAACGUGUAAACCACUUGACGAAAUUAACGGAUUUAUACUUCGUGCAGAACAAGAUCAGUACGAUUGAGGGCCUCGAUGGACUGACACAGCUACGAAAUCUCGAGCUUGCUGCGAACAGAAUACGAGGAAUUCAGAACCUCGAUACACUCACUGGCCUGGAGGAGUUGUGGCUUGGGAAGAACAAGAUCACUGAGAUCAAGGGCCUGUCGUCGUUGUCUUCGUUGAAGAUUCUCAGCAUCCAGUCAAACAGAAUCCGCGAGAUAUCUAGCCUCGAAGAUCUACAAACCCUGGAAGAACUAUACAUUUCCAACAAUGCUCUGAGCUCCCUCACCGGCCUGGAGAAAAACCAUAAACUAAGAGUGCUCGACAUCAGCAACAACACUGUUGCCAGCCUGGCUGGCCUGGGGCAUUUGGAGCAGCUCGAGGAACUCUGGGCAAGCUACAAUAAGAUUGAUAGCUUUGUGGACGUGGAGAAGGAACUAGCUGAUAAGAAACAGCUGACCACAGUAUAUUUUGAGGGCAACCCCGUGCAGCUGAGGCAACCAGCAUUGUACAGGAACAAAGUUCGACUGGCUUUACCACAGAUACAACAGAUUGACGCUACAUUUGUGAGAGUAACAUAG